AUGACGUGUCCAGAAACAUGCAAAGAACCGGAUUUUGGCAGUCAGUGUGACGACUUCAAUGGAUCGUGUUCCAACGGCUGUGCUAACGACACCUUCUUUGGGCCUUUUUCUUGCGACAACACAACUCACGGUUCAGACGAAGUGAAAUCAGUCGAAUCGAAUCGAACUGACAGCUUCAUGAAUGGUUCAGACGAGGUGAAAUCGGAACGACCUGACAGCAUGAUGUAUGGUUCAGACGAACUGGAGGGAGGCUUAGACGGAGGCCUGGAGGGAGGCUUGGAGGGAGGCUUGGAGUUAGAGGGAGGCUUGGAGGGAGGCUUGGAGUUAGAGGAAGGCUAUGAGGGAGGCUUAGAGGAAGGCUUGGAAGGAGGCUUAGACGGAGGCCUGGAGGGAGGCUUGAAGUUAGAGGAAGGCUUUGAGGAAGGCUUAGAGGGAGGCUUGGAGGGAGGCUUGGAGGGAGGCUUGGAGGGAGGCUUGGAGUUAGAGGAAGGCUUAGAGGAAGGCUUAGAGGGAGGCUUGGAGGGAGGCUUGGAUUUAGAGGAAGGCUUAGAGGGAGGCUUGGAGGGAGGCUUGGAAGGAGGCUUAGACGGAGGCCUGGAGGGAGGCUUGGAAGGAGGCUUGGUGUUAGAGGAAGGCUUUUGA